AUGGAGCUAUCCGAGCCCAAUCCCAUCGAUGAGAAAUCGAAUGCGCAAACCGAAGUCACCUCCACUUCCGACGUCGAUUUCAGCACUGAAUCCGUCCAAGAGCAGAAAGACGGCGCGAGCCACGAUGUCUACGAUAUGAGCCGAAUGGGCAAGCGGCGGGAGCUGCGGCGGAUUUUCCGCUUCAUCUCUAUCGUAGGGUCCGUCAUGAAGCCCCUCGGCUAUCUCGUUGGAUGGAGUAGCGCAUUUGGAUGGGUCACGGGAUGUCCGUCUGCUGCGCAGCUCACGGCGACGCUGGUGCGGGGGCUGGUGUUGUUGAGGAACCCGAAUGCGAGUGUGGAUGCGUUGUGGCAGACGACGUUGUUUAUCAUGCUGUUCCUGGUGGCCGCGGCUGCACUCAACAUCUUCUGCGCAAGACAACUUCCGGUAACGGAAGGGAUAUUCGUGGUUGUUCAUGUUGUCGGCUUUUUUGUCUUCAUGAUCGUCUUGUGGGUGACUAGCGAUCAUGCACCAGCCAAACAGGUCUUCACGCAGUUUCAAGAUAAUGGCGGCUGGGGUAACACUGGACUGUCGGCUCUCGUUGGCAUCACGACACCUUUGUGGUGCUUCCUCGGCCCGGAUGCCGGCGCUCAUAUGAGCGAAGAGCUAAAGGACGCUUCGCGUGUUCUGCCUUCCGCGAUGAUGUGGGGUUCCUUCUUCAACGCUUUGUUGGGCUUGCUGAUGCUCAUCACGCUAUGCUUCUGUCUGGGUCCGGACUGGCAGGAUAAUGUGCUGGGACUUACGAAUCCGACGCAGACUGGCAUUUCCAUCAUUCAGGUUUUGUACAAUUCGACGGAUUCGAUGAUAGCUGCGACGACUUUCAUGACGACGAUUCUGAUUCUGUUGUCGAUGGUUGGGACGAUUACUUGCAUUGCGUCUUCGAGUCGCCAGGUUUGGGCAUUCGCGAGAGACAAGGGCUUCCCGUUCUCAAGCUACAUCGAGUACGGCCAGGUUGGGAUAUACCCGUCAACUCCCUCAUUGUAG